AUGGACGCGGGAGCCAUGAUUCGAAAGCUCCAGUCAACCAAGGAAACGUUUGACAGCAUGACUAUGCAGCUUGCCGAUCCAGAUGUUUGCGGAGAUAGCAAGGAGCUUAUGCGAAUUUCGAAAGCGAGGGCUGCACUUGAGCCCGUAGUCGCUGCUUAUGAUGACUGGAUGGCUUCAACAUCGGCUCUGGAGGAAGCGAAGGAAUUGUUCUCUGAAGCCUCCGAUGAUGCCGAAAUGAAAGAAAUUGCACGGGAAGAAGUCAAUUCCCUAGAGCAGCAUCUCCGUGACUUGGAGGAAAUGCUCAAAAUCUUACUACUUCCGAAGGACCCAAACGAUGAAAAGAACUGUAUGUUGGAGGUUCGCGCCGGAACUGGUGGGGAUGAGGCCUCCAUUUGGGCUGGCGACCUCGUCAGGGUUUACAUGAAAUACGCAGCAGAGCAGGGUUGGAGCGUUGCUCUUGUAUCAGAAAGUGAGGGCUCCGAUGGUGGCUACAAGGAGUGCAUCUUGGAAAUCCGGGGAGAUGCAGUGUACUCAAAGAUGAAAUACGAAGCUGGAGUGCAUCGGGUGCAGAGGGUUCCUGCGACUGAGACCCAAGGGAGAGUACACACUAGCACGGCAACACUAGCAAUUAUGCCAGAGGUUGACGAUGUCGAAGUCAAAAUUGACCCAAAGGACAUUGAGCUCAGCACUACAAGGUCUGGAGGAGCUGGUGGGCAGAACGUGAACAAAGUCGAAACUGCAGUUGAUUUGAUGCAUAAGCCCACAGGCAUUCGGAUCUUCUGCACCCAGGAGCGAUCUCAGCUUAAAAAUCGAGAGCGAGCUAUGCAAAUUUUGCGAGCAAAGCUCUACGAACUUGAGCUUGCCGAGCAGAACGCGGAAAUUUACGGGAGAAGGAAAAGCCAGGUGGGCACUGGCUCACGAUCGGAAAAAAUCCGGACGUACAACUACAAAGACUCUCGGUGUACCGAUCAUCGAUUGGGACAAAACUUUUCUCUGCAGGAUUUCUUGAACGGAAACGUUGAGAAUAUUGUUCAGGCGUGUAUCUUUCAGGACCAACAAGCAAUGCUGGAGGCACUGGAAACGUCGGAAGAAGUUGCGGUCAGGUAG